CAAUACCUCAUAUUUAUGAAUUUCCUGUUGUUUACCAACAAAACAGGAUUGAAAAUAUCCAACAAAUGUUGGAUUCCUUGGAACACCUAGAAAGAAUUAGUGUAUCUGUAUUCCAGAAAAUAACUGACAAAGUCACCGAGCAAAGAAAUACUCUUCAAAAAGUGCAACAACGUGCUGCUGUUUGCAAAAAAGCAGUAGAAUGGGUACAAAAAGAGAGGAAGAAUGAAGCAACCAGAGUUCUCAGUAGCCCACACUACCCAGACAAGGAUAUCAGUAAUGUAGAAUAUUCACCAACCUUUGCAGCUCGUGACAGAAUUGGGAUUCAACAAAUGGAGUUUCACAAGUUUAAUCCUGGUCCGAACAAUAUUCUUUUCAAUCAUAAAUUAUAUAAUCCUAUUGAACAUUUCGAAAAGUCUCCUACAAGGCAAAACAAACAAUCACACAACAAAAUUCCAAAGAAAUUAGAUGAAGGAGUAGGUAAACUACCAUUCAAGAAUGUACAAUCUGUUAGUGAAUUACUUUGUUUUAAUACCAAUAUGAAUGUUUAUCACAAGUAUCAUGGUGCCGAUCCUCUUCAGGCAAAUUAUCAUACCACAAUGAUGAUGAUGGCCAUGGAAGGAACAUCAAACAAAAACGAUAAGAAUCAUGACUUUGCCUCCGCUAACAAUUUAUAUAUUGAUCCAGCUCCUCCUUCUCUGUCCAAAGAUUCUAUCUAUGAUAUGUAUUGGGGAAGUUCGGCAAGUCAGGAACAAAACAUUAAGGCAUUUGCACCUACAAGAAGAGAAUUGCCAAUGUUUGAAUUUCCUUCCAAUUUAGGAUUACCAAAUAUUGUGGAUACAGCCCAGUGGGAUUUAUCUUUAGAUAAUAUGCCAUCCAUUGCUCCUUCUUCUCUACCUUCAUUAGAUUUAGGAAAUAACAAUAGUACAACAUCUCUCAACACAAAUGCAGUUCCAUCUUCAAUUGAUCCAACAUCUUCAUCAAUACCAUCUGUACCAACAAAUGUACCACCACCUCCUGUUACCUCUACAGGCGUUGUACCACCACCUCCUGUCACUAUGGGUAAUGUACCACCACCUCCUGUAAUGUCAUCUAGUAGUGUACCACCACCUCCAAGUGGCGUACCUCAACCACCUUCUAUUCCGAUCGUAACACCAAGUGCAGAAGGUACUGGUGAUAAUGAUACAGAUGAAAAUGAGAAUACAGAAAGUGGAGGAGGUGAUAGAAGCGAUCUUUUGGCUUCUAUUAGAAAUUUCUCAAAGAACAAACUUAAAAAAGCCAACAAAAUUCGUGAUAAGGAAUCCUCCAAAGAAGCUUCUGCUCCUCAAAAGUCUUCAGGUGGUGACAUGAUGACAGAUUUAUUCAGAAAAAUUGGGUUAAGAAGAAAUGCCAUUGAGGGAAGUAAGGAUGAAAAAAAACCAAAGAAGAAAAAGAAGGAAAAGAAACCAGAAGAACCUAUUCCACCAGUCCCAACUCCAAAUCUUACCCCAAACUCGACAGCACCAGAUUCUUCAGCUGCUACCGAAUUGCCUAAAAUGCCCCCUCCACCAAAACGUCCACAAUCAGAAGAUGACUCUGAUGGAUCCGAUGUGGAUAGUUGGUAAUUUUCAUUAAAAUUUUUCAUUUAUAUUUUUGGCGCC